AUGCUCCGCCUCGCAAAGCCGAACCCUUUUCCCUCCGGACACCACCUCAUCCAGCGCUGCUGCGUGAGCGGCACCGCGAAGGGCAAGGCGAAGAUCAAAGCUGGCCAAGCCCUGAAACGCUCCCGCAUCACCACUAAGAAAUCCGGAUCCGAAUCGCAAACUGCAGAUCCACCCAUGUCGCGCGAGCGCCAGGAGCGCGAGAACCUCUACGAGCGGUGCCUCCAGGCCCCCACCCCGCUCCGCUACCUCACCCCAAAGCAGCGCGAGCGCGAAGCGGAGCGCGAGAAGAUGGGGCUCAUCAGCAAGGAACGGCAGCGAGAAAUCGACAUGAUGAGAAAAAAAGACAACAAAAUUAAGGUUUCGGAGAAACCCACAAUAAUUGGGACACCCGGGUUGGACUAUAUCUCUCUGGGUAUGGUGGAUGUGGAGAAGUUGCCCAAAUAUGAGUUAACGGUUGAAGAUGGGAGGAGGCUAGCUAAGGAGUAUAGUAGGGUUUUGAUGAGGGAGCAUAGGGCGAGACAGGCUGCGGAAACGAACCUUUUGAGGAUGAAAAAGGAGGCCAUUGAGGCUUUGCCUGAAGGGUUGAGAGAGGCUGCUUUGGUUCCUGAUUUGAGUCCUUUUCCUGCUAAAAGGUUUAUGGCUACGCUCACUCCUCCCAGUCAGGAUUACAUUGAGCAGGUUAGGGAAGCUGCUAAUAAGAUCAGUGGGACAGAGAAGAUUAGGUGA